AUGAAGAGACCUUCGUUCCAACAGCCUUGGAAAACCCAUGUUCCUACCGUGUCGGAGAUGGACGGGUUGGUGGGUACUGGCUGGGUUGAGGUGGUGCUUGUUGUGGAUGCGGCUUUUGAGGUUGUGCUGCUGGUGGUCGAGCUUGUGGUGCUCGUGGAAGUAGCGCGAGAGGUGGUGCUUGAGACCGAGGAGGACGUAGUUGAUGUGGAAGUAGAGGUGGAGGUAGAUGUGGAAGAAGGACGCGACGUAGUAGAAGAAGUAGCAGAAGAAGUAGAGGUCAAAGUUGAGGAUAGGCCGGCUGGGCCUACAGAGGAGACUGAUGAGGGAGCUGAAAGGACUGAAGGGACAGCAACGGAUGUAGACCGACUAGUCGUUGAAGAGCCUAUAGCGGACAGAACCGUGCCCGAAGAGAUCGUGGUAGGGGCCGAGGAGAUCGUCCCUGAAGAAGCUGUGCUUGCAGAGACAGUAUUGGAAGAUAUAGAAGUUGUGCUGGAAGAGACAGUACUGGAAGUUGACGAAGAUGUUGUCGUUGACGUAGUAGAGCGAGAACUUGUAGACGAGAUGGUAGAAAACGUCGUCCAUGUUGUCGAUGUACUCGAACCAGUACUGGAAGAGGCGCUUGACGUAGAAGUGGACGUAGGGACGCUAGAGGUCGACGCUGUUGAGCUGGUGGAUUGCGAUACUGAGCUAGUGCUGCUCAAACUGCUGACAGAUGAAGAGCUAGUCGACGUAAAUCCGGCAGAGGUAGAGGUAGAUGCACCACUACUAGAAGAGCUGAUCACUGAACUGCUGCUUGAGCUCCCAGAAGUCGAGACACUUGUCGUACCACUGCUUGUUGUCGAGCUUCCAGAUGUAGAAGUAGAAGUCGAAGCACUGUUGAUACCACCAGCGACAUUGCCGGCCACGCUGACUGAACUGCUCGUGGAUACACUACUGGAGGUUGAUGCCGAUGCUGAACUGCUCGUUGAACCACUGCUCGUAGAACCACUCGACGUGGAGCUACCGGAAGUGGACGCACUGCUGACAGUAGAGCUUCCGCUAGUCGAUGCUGAGGUACUAGCACUUGAAGUAGAAGAAAGCACAAAUAGAGCAGACGCAGACGAUGUGGCAGCUGAAGAGGCCACACUGCUGCUUGCAGAAGACGUCGACAGUGAGGUCGGCAGGGAACUACUGUAG